AUGACAACAACUGUUUGCAAGACGAUUAAAACUUUAACCCUUUCACACCCUUGUUUUGGUUCUAAAAAACCAUCUAUCUAUUCGGUAUCAUAUAAUAUAAAUCCUACUAUAUUAGUAUUAUUAGUCGCAUUGCAUCGUUUUAUUAAACAGUCCAAUCAAUCGAUGAUACCUGCUUUGAUGGAAGAUCAUUAUGAGGAGGAGGGUGAAUCCACUUCUUCCAAAACUACCACCACCACAACCACCAAAAUGGUAGGUGUGCAACAGCAUUAUAACAGUAACAAUAGCAGCAACAGCAACGGCAAUAAUAAUAACAACAACACCAUAACAUCGCCAUACAACAAUAACAAUAAAAACAGUGGGAACAUCAAUAUCAAUAUCAAUAUUUCCAAUAAGGGUGGUGGAAGUGGUCACACUGGAGCAGCUAAUGGAAAAGACAAUGUAGUGGAAAAGGAAAAGGAGGAGGAGGAUGAACAGGUGGAAGGAGUUAAUCCUCUAAGAUCAUCCCAAUCCAAACUAGAGGAGCUCAAGAAGCAACUGAAUAAAUCAUUGAUGAUACAGCAACAACAUCAUGCAUCCUCACCCUUAUACUCACCACACCAAUCACCAUUCUACAACAAACAGAAAACUCAACAACAAUCGUCCUCAUCUCCUUCCUCUUCCCCUUCUUCUUCACCUCAAAGUACACCAGCUGCUGCUUUCGAUCAUCAUCAUCACAACAAUAUUAAUAAUAAUAAUUUAAAUCAAAAUAUAGUUUCCAACAAUAAUAAUUCUGGAAAUAAUAAUAAUAAUCAUCAUCAAAAUAAUAAUAAUUCAUCAAUUUCAGCUCCAUCAUCACCUUUAUUAAAUGGUAGAGAUUUAACAAUGAGUCCACCAAGUAGACCACCUCCAACGCCAACAUCUUGGUCUUCGCCAUCGACCAUGUCUCCACAAGUCCGAAACAAGCAACUCCAACAACUCCAACAAACCCAACAAUCUCUAUCGACUCCCAACUUGGGAUCAUCCCCCAAGUCCUUUACCCCAUCAUCAUCAACGAGUUUAUCCUCAUCUACGCCAAACGGAGUUUCUACGCCAAACUCUUCUAAUAAUGUCACACCGAUUUCCUCACCAUCCUCAUCUCCUAUUGCAGUGUCACCUCUUGGUGGUCAAAACACCAACAACAGCAACAAUAAUGCAUCUGCCAAAAAAUCAAAUAGAAAAUCAAUCACUGUAAAACUUUUCAAAAAGGGAUUAAAAGAUAAAGAAAAAGAAAAAGAAAAGGAAAAGGAAAUCAAACAUAAUAAUAAUAAUAAUCAAAAUAAUCAAUCAUCUGUAAAUAAUUCACCUCAAGUUUUAAAACCCAAUACUUCUACAACUAGUAGUAUAGUAUUGUCAGAUUCAACACCACCACAAUCAAAUAAUCAUCUUAAUAACAAUAAUAAUAGUAAUCAUCUUAAUAAUAGUAAUAAUAAUGAUUCACCAUACAAACCAAAAACUACAAUGUUUAAUAGAAUGCCAUCAUUGGAUUUAAGUAAAGUUGAUUUUAAUAGUGUCAAUAAUGGAAAUGGUGUAUCAGGUCAAGAUUCAAGUAAUAGUUGUGGUAGUAGUAGUGGUGGUGACUUGACUCCAGAGUCUGUCUCUAGACUAGAAGAGAUGAUUCGACAAAACGCAUCACUUACACCAAGAGUAUACCAUGAAUCCAAAUCCAUACCAGCCGAAACAUUAUUGUUUGUUAGUUAUCCGUCUGGCAAACAACAACAACAACAAAAUGAGAAUAUUUCAUCGUUUGUCGAAAAACUAUUCAAAUUUUCAAGUUGUUCAACGAUUGAAGAAGUGUUAAGUUUGGUUAUCCCAAAUCUAAUGCAUCAUAGAGGUUUACAAGCUGCUAGACAAACAUCAAAUGAUGAAUGGGAAACUGACAAUAGUGGUAAUAAUAAUAGUAAUAGUAAUAAUAAUAAUAAUGGUGGUAAUGCUGAUUUUGGAGAUCAGCAUCAAUCAUUUGCAUUAUUUAAAUCAUCAAAUUUAGAAGUACCAUUACAUAAAGAAAGAACUAUUCUUGAAUUGGGAUUAAAGAAUGGUGAUCGUUUACAUUUACUAGUGGUUCAACUCAACAUCAAUUUUGUAAAAAUCCAUAUUCCUGGGUUUAGUCAAGGUGUCUUGCCUGCUCAAGCUACACUUAAAUUGACUCAAUUCACCUCGGUACGUUCAAUCAUUCGUAAACUAUAUCUCAAAUUCCAUACAUCUGUAGAUAUCUCUCAGUAUGGUAUCUUUUUAGUUGAUACCGCCAACCAAGAGACCCUUUUAGAUGAAGAAGAUCUCUUUUCAAACUACCAUAUUCCACCACAGUCACAAUUGGUAUUCCGUAACUUGUCUGCUCAAACCGACACUGACAUCAUUUCACAAAAGACUCUUCAACUCAAAAUCCUUAUCAGUCUCUCAUCUGCUCGAUUCAACUAUAACCAUCUUAUUCUCCGUUUUGAUCCAACUACCACUAUCUCCAAAGCCAUCAAAUUGACUGGUCUCCGUACAGGUCUCCUAGACAGUCUCAACAAAUGUGGAUUCUAUCUAACCCCAUCUGAAGAUGAAGAUGAAGGUUUUUGGAUGGAUGAAGAUAGUACACUUGAAAAUUAUCGUCUUAAAAGUUUAACAAUAAUUGAAUUUAAAGAAAGAUGUAGAAAAUAUAAUAUUUAUGUAAAGUCUAGUGAUAGAAAGUUUACAUUUAAAUUUGAUCAAUUUGUAACAGUUUCAACUGCAUUUGAAAUGAUUGCUCAUAAUGAACAUAUGGAAUAUACAAGUGGAUUUUGUUUGGCUUCAAGAGAUAAUGGACAUAUCCUUGAAAGUAGUCGUUAUCUUUGGUCAUAUGAUUUUACUGAACUUGAAUUUAAAGAAAUACCAAAUAGAUUAUUAGUAUUUGAUAAGGAAGGUCAACAAAACUUGUUUUAUGUUGAUUUCAAUGACCCGAUUGAAGAUGUUUGCAAGAGAUUGUCAUCAAACUUGGGAUUGUUGCCACCUGGUGGUGGAAGAAAACGUGGUUUCACAUUAAAGAGAUUGGGUGAAGCUGAAAUCAAUCUAGAUUUCCGUAAAUCUUUAAAACAAGUUGGUGUACAACCAAAUGAUCGUGUAAUCAUUGAAUUGAAUAGUCAAAAACAAGGAAACAACAAAAGUCAACUCGCCAAUGGUGAAACUGCUGCUGAUUCAACUCUAGAACAAGUUGAUGGUGGAUCAUCAGAUAGCAAGGAAGAAGAAGAAGAAGUAGAUGAAGAAGAUGAAGAAGUAGAGGUAGCAGAGCAAGUAAAUAAUAAUAAUAAUAAUAAUCCAAAUAAUAGUGGUCAUCCAAAUAAUAAUCAACAUGGUCAACAAGAAGUGAUAAAUUUAGAACAAUUGGAUGAAACCAAUAAUGUUAAUAUUUGGGAGGAAUUACCAGACUCGCCACAAAAUAUUGUGCCCGAGACUGCCAAUAUCGACGAAAAGGAAAAGGCAUCGAUCCAGCUGCGUGUGGCCAACGUCAUCAAGUACUGGGUCGAGCAUCACUACGAAGACUUUGGAUUCGUGUCCAACAAGAUGAUGGUCGAGUUUGUCGACACCCAUCUCAUGCAGGCGUUCCCCAACCUCGGUAACUUGAUCCGUGCCUGUAUCCUAAAGAGAACGUGCGGGCUCAAAACCGAGCUCUCUCGAACACGUAGCAACGGGACACUCACAGUACCCAAGAACCAAAUACUCUUAAACCCCAACGAAUACCUACUACAACAACAAAAACAACAACAACAACAGAAACAACAAAAGAAAUCGAGAUCAAGAGAAUUCUCUUCUAAUUCCAACUCUCCACUUUCUUUGUCUGGGUCUGCCUACAGUAGUGGAGGUAGUAGUAGUAGUAGUGGAGGUAGUGGAGGAUCAUCAGUGUCUACUUCAUCACCACUUUCAGUUUCACUUACCAUUCAACCAUCGUCACCUCGUAAAGCACCGGAAUCAAGAAUGAAGGGAAUGAAAAACCCACGCUCCAUCUUUGAUUUUGACGAUGAAGAGAUUGCCCGUCAAAUCACUCUCUACGACUUUAUGCUCUACAGUGCCAUCAAACCAACCGAAUUCCUCAACCAAGCUUGGAACAAGCCAUCCAUUGCCCAGCGUAAAUCACCCAACAUUUUGAAACUUGUCAACCGUUUCAACGAGAUUGGUCACUGGGUUGUAAAAUUAAUCCUCGAACCUGACAGAGUCAAAACUAGAGCCAAAAGAAUGGAAAGAGUAAUUAGAAUUGCUGAAAAACUAAGAGAAUUAAAAAAUUAUAAUACAUUGAUGAGUUUCCUUGGUGGAUUAAAUAACUCUGCAUUGUUGAGAUUAAAGUUUACACGUGCAUUGGUAUCUAAAAGAUAUACGGAAACAUUGGAGGGUCUGGAAAAGGAGAUGAGUUGUGAAGGUUCGUACAAGAGCUACAGAGGUAUUCUCCACAACACUGAUCCACCAUGCAUCCCAUUUGUCGGUGUCUAUCUACAGGAUCUGACGUUUAUCGAAGAGGGCAAUCCAAACAUUCUCCCCGAACACAGUCUCAUCAAUUUUUCAAAGUACACAUUGAUGUACAAGGUCAUCUCAGAGGUGCAAACCUAUCAAUGGAGUGACUACAACCUCAACAUUGUACCAAUCAUCCAAACUUUUAUCCGAGAAUUGAAUCCACCUCCCGAAAAAGAUCUUUAUUCAAUCUCGUUGCAAAAAGAACCUCGUGGUGCCGCUCAAGAAGGCAGCGAACAUCAACAACAAGUUAUCGACCAAGAGAUAUAUUCAAACUUACUUCCUCAAACAAGCUCUAGCAAACAUUCACAAUGUGUAUCGAUGUGUUAUCCGACAAACUUGAAACAAGAUUUCUCAAAACCAAUAGACCCACUCAAUCCAAAGUACCAAUAUUUAUGUUUGGCAGUACAAACCAUUACAUGUCCACUGGAAACAAAGAAAUCCGAAUACUAUGAUCCAGAAACACAGGUCUAUGGUUUAAAGUAUGAGAUUGGUGUAUCUCUUGGGACAUGCGAGGUUUUAUGGUGUAGUGGUCCAUACAAAGGAUCAGAAAAUGAUAGUUCAAUCUCUAGAGUUAGUGGUAUAUUUAAACCUACUAUGGAUCGCCCAAAUCAAGGUGUUGUAGGUGUACAAAAGGGAUACCAAACCAAUGAAUAUAUACUUGGUAUGCAUACCCUUCUACAUGGACAAAAUAAUUUAAUAUCGGCACAGGAAACUUGUAAUGGAUGGAUUCAAUCUCUAUGUAGCAAAGUUGAAAAUAUUAUGAAUCAUUUCAAAGAGUAUGGUGCAAUUGUUAACGGAUAUAAUGCCUCUGGUAAAGAUGUUGAAUUGGCUCAUAAAAAGGUAUUCAAUUUUAUUUUAUGUGCCAUCUCUCUCAAUCAUCAAUUUCAAUCUGGUAUUCCAUUAAAUCUAUCCAAAGGACAAGACAGUUCACCUUAUGUUGGUGACCCAAGUUAUUACCUUUUUAGAGAUUGGGAUAAAAAACAAGAACAAGAACAAAAAGAACAAAAAAAACAAAAGAAAAAGAAAUCAAACAAAAAGCACAGAGAAGAAGGAGAAGAAGAAAAGAGAUCAAAAACUCAAAGAUCGAUCAAAUAUUUAAAAUGUAUUAAUAUUAAAAGGCAACAAUUGGUACUAAAAUCAGAUUUAUCACCACUGCACAGAAGUGAAGAGAAAUAUCAUCAAUCUUGGUAUAUACCUGAUUCAGAACAGUACAGUACAUCAAUUAUCACAAUGAAAAGAGAAGGAUGCAAACUCCAACAAACAACAACAACAACUACAACACGGUGUUGUUGGUCAUAA